AUGACCAGCAUUCACAAGGCCAACCCCGAGAACAACAACAAGCAGGGUUUCCAUCCCUCUGCUGGCAACUCGGCCCCUCUAACCGACAAGGGUCACCAGCCCGGCCGUAAGGUCGCCCCCCAGGACUUCGCUCCCGAGAACGAGCCCCAGGUGUACCCUCCUGGAACCGCACCUGCUAGCAACUCCUACACCCCCAACCCCGUCAACGAGCCCGGGAGCCAGGCCUUGAACCCCAAUGUCGAGCGUGGCCACGGCAAGGAAUCGGUCAAGACCAAGGCCAGUGACACGUUGAUGGGCGCCACUUCUCAGGACGUUCACACGGGUCUGGGACAGCCUGUAUCUGGACAGUCCAGCACCGAGAUCCGUCACGAUGGCCAGCACGGCCGAAAGAACCCCGGCCGUGGUCUAGAGGGCGUUGGUGCCUCUCAGGAGGGCAACUUUGAGCGCACCAUCCCUAGCCAGCGUGGAAUUGACCGGGACCAGGCUAAGCCUAACCAGCGUGGCGACAAGGGUGCUCUAGCUGCCGAGGAUAGAGAGCCUGAGAGCGCGAGCACUCUGGAUAAAGAGUGGAACUACGAGCCCCAGACUCAGAGACAACGACACCAGGCCUAA